GAUCGAAAGUAGACGUGCGUUUUAAAUUUUUAUCGGACAACGAUAGUUAUUUAAAGGAACGUAGCAAAAAAAAAAUCCAACAGUGUGCAAUUCUUUUGUUAUUUAUCGAGAAAUAAUAAAGAGAAUAAUAAGGAAGAAUUUCUAGAAGAUGACUCUUUGUCACUUGAGACGUCGAAGAUGUGUCAAUAAAUCGAGAAAAAAGUGACUUGAACAUAGUGAGCUAAUAUUUACUCUUCAAAAAAGAAGAGUUCAGAAACAUCAGAAAAACGAUAAAAAGGGCAGAAUAAUUGCAAAGUAAAUUUAAUAAUAAUUGUGUUGUUGUCUAACAUUAUCAAGCGAACUUUAAAAGAGAUAACGGUACAAGUCGUCGUCGUGUGUCUCGGGAUGACAUAAAAAUAACCGGAGACAAUUGUGAUCGAUCAAUGUCUUAGAAAAAAAAAAAAAAAAAAAAAACGAGAAAAAGAGAGUUCAUAAAGAAAAACGCAUUAAAAUGACCUUUUUAUGUAAUUAUCUUGAUCGCCAACGUUUUAUAAUAACUCUAAGCAAACACAACGGAGACAACAACAAAUGUAACAUUCUACAACGUAUCGGGCAACAAUAACAUCGGAACAUCACGAGCCUAAAAUUUAUGUAAUAAACGUUUUCAUAAGAAGUAACAAUAGAGAAAACACUGCGAUCUGAUUAAAAAAACGACGAGAUUCGAAUGGAGUUAAGUGCAAAAGUGAAUUAAAAAGUCGUCUCUAAAAGCAAACUCAAAAAAAGAGACAAAAGAACAAGUAAGCCACAAAAGUGUUUUGUUUUCGACGACGCGUGAGCAAAAAAGUAAACGGUCACAAUGGUUUUCGGAAGCAAAUUGAAAAUACGAAGAAGUACAUCGAAAGCCACAUAUUUACCGCGUCAAACACAUGAUAAGCACCAAUUGUCUGACCCUGAUCACGGCAGUUACAAAUUAAAGUUGACCUCUAACGAAGAUUGCAUUAAUCACGAUCAGUCGUCGUUCAACAACGGCAGUACCAACAGUUUGGCAAACAAUAAAUGUAACAACUUACCUGAUGUACUUCCGUUAGCUGUCAAGUACAAUGGGCAGCAGCAACAACAGCAGCGAUAUUUCUCGCCCUCUCCUCCCUCAUCAAAGCAAAAGGCUGUGCCACAAAGCGCCCCAGUUAUAUCCGCAAACAACUUAAAGUCCCUUUUCAACUUCACGAAACUCAAUACGCAAGUAGCAAUCAGCGAUGAACUGACAAAAGUUCCUCCCUCAGCGCCGGCGACAAUCAUCUCGAGUCCCAAAUACACGUCGCAAUCCGUUUUUGAUCUCGUUGCGAAUCGCGAUGAUGAUCCGCCGCCGUAUACGGAUGAAAUUAAGAAGGAAUUGGUUCAACAUUUAGAACUUCAACUCAAUUCAAGUCCGCAAAUUAUCGUUCCUCCUCCCAUUGUGAGUCCUCCGGCGCCUGUUAUCAUCCGAAAAUCGCCCGAAAAACUACGUGAAAGUCCCAAAAAGGAUUUAUCGCCUCCCUCGACGCCCGAAAAACGUCUUUCCAAUUGCUCCUCGGAACCGCCGUCGUACGAAGAAACGCAACAGAACUCAAGUUAUCCCGGCGUUAACACGACAUCUGUUGCCAAUGUCUCUUCAGACAGCGAAAAAUCCGACACGGAAGAGAGAUUAACUCCAUUAACGACGACAACGACGACUUCCGAAACACAAACUGACGAAGAUACAGAGAGAAUUACGCCAACGAUGCCUCCUCCGCCGCCGCGUGAAGAACCGACGACAGUGAAAAAGACGAAUUUUAUUCAGUUUGUCUCGCGGAAAAUCUCGCCUGAGGAACUCGACUGCGAUAAUUUGUCCAAAGAUCUUGUUAGUCAAUUGUCACCGUUAGAUAAGUUGCACAGUAUUUUAGUUCCUCCAAAAACAUUCCGUCAAUCAUCGGAUUACGUCUCUGAAUUAUUUAACAUCAAUAUUUCGUCACGACCAGCUAAGAAAGAUGCUUCUACGAUAACUACCAACGAGAUAGCUGACGAACCAAAAACUAAUGGAAUUGAAUCCGUAUCUACUUCAACAACGUACUGCACUGAAACGACGUUGGAAAUCGACAAUGGCUCGGUUCAAAUGAAACAUUACAACCGUGAAAUGACUCUCAUCAGCAAUGAUCAUUCGGAUUUGACGAAAAAGAAGGAGGAAUUAGUUGAACGUCUUGGAAAGAAAUUACAAGUUCUCUCCAACGAACAAACGCAACUGACGGAAGAAAGUGCUGCGAACGAGAUUUUGGGCGAAGAAGUUUUGCAAAAAGUCACACAGAAAGUUAAACCAAGCGAGGCAUCACGUUAUCGCUCAUACGUCGACGAUGUCGGUUACAUCACGAAACUUUUGUUAUCUCUCUCGGGACGUCUCGCAAAAACCCAUAAUUCGCUUCAAAACAUGGAUGACACGAAUGUUGAAAAGAAACCGUUGGAAACAAAGCGCGAUCGCUUGUUGAGUCAAUUAGAAGAAGCGAAGAAUCUCAAGGAGAACAUCGAUAAACGAGGCUUGAAUGUCGCGAAAUUGCUCGAAAAGUCACUCACACUUGAGGAGUAUGCCGAUUACGAUUACUUCAUUCACAUGAAGGCAAAAUUGCUGGUUGAUUCGGCGGAAAUUGCGAACAAGAUCAAGUUGGGCGAAGAACAAUUGAGUGCCUUAAAGGAAACAUUAGUUCACUCGGAGUGCUGAUUGGUGCUUUUUAUCCGAAAUUUUGACUUGAUUUGAUUGUUUUUUUUGAUACCUAUGUGAUUAUUUUAAAUGAAAUGAAAAAAAAAAUGAAAUUUGUGAAUAUUGAUACAUAAUGAUAAAUAAAUAAAUAGA